AAAGAAAAGCCAUGGAAAAAAACUUGCUCUUCCUAUUAGCAAUCGAGCUCCUGCUCCUACACUCCCAAAUCCGCAGCUCGGCCACGACCAUAACAAACAUCGAAACCGACAAAUCCGCCCUCGUCGCAUUAAAAUCCCAGCUACUUCAACUGAACCCUUCUCAUAUUCUCUUCAAAAACUGGUCUGACUCUGCCUCCGUCUGCAGCUGGGCCGGAAUCACAUGCAGCUCUCAACCCCAGCGAGUUGUGAGCCUCAACAUCUCCAAGAUGGGCCUAACAGGCCCAUUAGUCCCCCAUUUGGGAAACCUCACCUUCCUUGAAUCACUCAACUUGUACGCAAACAAAUUCCAAGGCGCCAUCCCUUCCGAGUUCGCUCAGCUAACCCAUUUGAAAAAAGUGGACUUGGGCUCCAACUCGCUAAUGGGUCAAAUCCCCCAUUGGCUCGGCUCGUUCACCAGGCUUCAAGUGUUGUACCUCGACCACAACACUUUCGAAGGCCUCAUCCCACCUUCUCUGGCCCACGCGUCGAAUCUCGAGGACUUGGACGUAUCCAUGAAUUCUCUUCAAGGAGAAAUACCACAAGAGAUUGGGAAUCUUCGUAACUUGAAACACUUGGGUUUACGAGGAAACCAAUUGAAUGGUUCCAUACCAUUUGCGUCCUUCAACUUUCCAGAAAUGGAAAGUCUUGAUCUGACGGGUAACGUUUUAUCGGGAAAUCUUCCUACUGAAAUGUGCGCUGGUCUUCCCAAACUCGAGGUGCUUUAUCUAACGAAUAAUUCGUUGAACGGACGUAUACCGCCAAACGUGUCCCAGUGUUCACGGCUUCGCUCCAUUUAUCUAUCCUUCAACAAGUUGAGCGGCUUCAUACCGAGAGAGAUAGGGAAGCUAACCAUGCUUGAGGAAUUAUAUAUUGGCACUAACGAUUUGACAGGAACAAUUCCUGAAGAAUUAGGUAACUUGACUGUUCUCAAGAAACUAGGCAUGUCGGGGAAUGAAUUGACAGGCUCGUUGCCACAAGUCUUUAACGUUUCUUCACUGCAAGUUUUGGAUGUUACAUAUAACAAACUAUCAGGGAUUCUCCCAGCAGAUAUGUGUUCUCAUCUUAGACAACUUGAAGAGUUUUACUUGAAUCACAAUGAAGUAUAUGGCCCCAUACCAACACGAAUUAACGAGUGCUCCGCACUUCGAUCUCUCGUAUUGUCUUUCAACAAACUGCACGGUACCAUACCACCAAACCUAGGGAAUUUAACUCUACUGGAGACGUUGACUUUUUCUGGGAAUAACUUGACAGGUGAAAUCCCAAAAGAAGUUGGCCAUCUCAACAAUCUCAAAGGCCUUUACUUAUCAGGGAAUAGCCUUACUGGCCGAAUCCCAGAAAGCCUACUAAAUAUCUCGACACUAGAAACACUCACUCUCUCGAAAAACAAACUAAACGGCAACAUCCCGUCAAAUUUGGGUUACCAGCUUCCUAACCUCCAACUCCUCGAAAUUUCUGAAAACCUUUUGACAAGUGAAUCCUCAGAAUUGAGCUUCAUAACCUCACUGACAAAUUGUAGAGGCCUAUGGAAACUGGUAGUGAACGGCAAUCCUCUCAACGGCAUGCUCCCGGCUUCUGUGGGAAACUUCUCAACUUCCCUCCAAUAUUUUGGUAUCAAUACGUGUAACCUCAGAGGCAGAAUCCCUGACAUAAUCGGAAACCUGAGCAGCUUAACGGUGCUCGAUCCUUCUGUGAACCAAUUUGAAGGAUUAAUUCCAGAAAGUUUGGAGAAUUUGCAACGCCUUCAGGGGCUCGACCUGUCUAGUAACAAAAUGAGUGGUCCCAUCCCACACGCCAUAUGCAGGUUAGGCCGUUUGAAUCAACUGUAUUUAUACAACAAUCAAUUUUCCGGGCAGAUUCCGGAAUGCAUAGAGAACAUUACUGCUCUGGGAGAACUUCGUUUGGAUUCCAACAAACUGAACUCCAGCGUGCCAUCGAGUUUGUGGAAUCUCAGGGACCUUCUCAAGCUGAACCUGUCCUCAAACUCUUUGGUCGGCCCUUUGGUGCCGCAGAUGGCAAAUCUAAAAGCCGUCACACAGAUCGACAUGUCUUCGAAUCAUUUCUCGGGCAUAAUUCCAUCAGGACUCGAGAAACUGCUAACUUUGAGCUUUUUAAAUCUUUCGUAUAACGACUUACAAGGUAAUAUCUCAGAAUCAAUGAGUGGAAUGGUAAGUCUGGUGGUUCUCGAUCUAUCCCAUAACAACCUCUCGGGCAUAAUCCCAAAGUCCUUGGAAAAACUCCAGCAGCUGAAGUCCUUUAAUGUCUCUUCCAAUGGUUUGGACGGUGAGAUUCCGUCUGAAGGGCCUUUUAGGAACUUCACAUUCGAAUCCUUCAUCUUCAACAAAGGGUUGUGUGGUGUUCCAAGAUACCAAGGGAUACAGCCAGAGCAAUUUGCUUGGUAGUGGUGGUUUCGGCACCGUCUACAAAGGUACUCUCGAAAACGGGAAGGUUGUGGCCGUAAAGGUCUUCAACUUGGAGCUCGAAGGUGCUUUCAAGAGUUUCGAAGUCGAGUGCGAGGUUUUGAGAAACCUUCGUCAUAGAAAUCUCUGUAAGGUCAUUGAUUGUUGCUCGAGUCAAGACUUCAAGGCCUUGGUGCUCGAGUACAAGCCUCGUGGGAGCCUCGACAAGUGGCUGUAUUCGCACAACAAUUUAUUGAGCAUGAAUCAAAGAAUUGAAAUCAUGAUAGAUGUCGCGUGCGCUCUCGAGUAUCUCCAUCAAGGCUACUCGGUGCCCGUGAUUCACUGCGACCUGAAGCCGAGCAACAUACUGCUCGACAAGAACAUGACGGCCUGCUUGUGCGAUUUCGGCAUCGCCAAGCUUUUGGGUGAAGGGGAAAGCAUCGUGCAGACCAUGACACUAGCAACCCUGAGUUAUAUCGCGCCAGAGUAUGGGACAGGAGGGUUUGUAUCGGUGAAAUGUGAUGUUUAUAGUUAUGGUAUAGUACUGAUGGAAGUGUUCACAAGAAAGCCACCUAAUGAUGAGAUGUUCACUGAAGAUUUGAGCUUGAGGACUUUUGUGAAGGAAUCUAUGCCAAAUGGAGUCCUUGAUAUUAUUGAUCCAAACUUAUUGAGCCCAGGUGACGAUGGCUCGACCAAGAAGGUAGAAUGUUUAUCCUCGAUAUUGGAGUUGGGAUUAAACUGCUCUUUGGAAUCUCCUCAUGAGAGGAUGAGCAUCAAAGAUGUUGUUGUGGCAUUGAGGAGGAUAAAGCUUCAGCUCCUUGGUGACUGAUUAUGGAGAAAUGGAGGAAUGUCCUUUACAGUAAACAAUCAAAAUGACAUUUGUUUUUGUGACUGAACCGAAUUAGCGAUGCAAAUAAUUCACCUUGCAAACUUGUACUUUGGGUUGUUAGAGGUUCCAAAAUGAACGGGCUCUGUGCUAAGGUUAUCCAGUUGCAAGAAAAAUAGCUUAGGUUGGAAAAGGUGAAUAAGGCCAAAGUUUAGGUUGUGUAGAUUUCUGUUUGUUCCCCUAUGUCGAAAUUAUGAAUGUCAAUUAUACUUUGUAUGUAGUUAAGUUCCAAACAUAAUUAUACUUUGUAUGUAAUUAAGUUCCAAACAUAAUAAGCUUGGUUUAUGUAUUUUUUAUGAGUAAUGAUGUUUAUUGCUAUUUGACAUUAUUGCAAUUUAGUUCUCAAUAUAUAUGUCACUUAUUAUCGAUUUUCAUAUGUCUACAAACUGUAUUCAAUAUAUGUUAAUACUGAAUCCCACACAUCUUUUUCCGACAAACUUUG